AUGUUUCCUUUCCUUUUCACUCAGUUUCGGCAGCUUACGUUCCCUUUCACUCCAGCUGCUACGUUCCCUUUCACUCAGUUUCGACAACGUUUCCCUUUCACUCAGUUUCGGCAGCUUACGCACAGAGAUUUCGGCAGUUCGUUCCCUUUCACCAGUUUGCUUACGUUCCCUUUCUCCAGUUUCGGAUUACGCCCCCUUUCCCUUUCAACGUUCCCUUUCAUCCAGAAGACGUUCCCUUUCACUCAGUUUCGGCGGCUUACGUUUCCCUUUCACAGUUUCGCCCUUCCUCACCGUUCCCUUUCACUCGGUUUCAAGCUUACGGACAGCUUCGUUCCUUUAAGUUUAUACGUUUCUCAGUUUCCGUUCCCUUUACAGUUCAGUUCCCUUUCGGGUUUAGCUUACGUUCCCUUUUAUGUUCCCUUUUCCAGUUUCCUCCAGUUUCGGCAGCCGUUCCCUUUCACUCAGUUCCCUUUCCUCAGUUUCGGCAGCUUACGUUCCCUUUCCUCCAGUUCCCUUUCGGCAGUUUACGGCUUCGUUUUCCCUUUCACUCAGUUUCGGCAGCUUCGUUCCCUUUACUCAGUGCUCGCAGCUUACGUUCCCUUUUAG